AUGCCCUCCCUCCUCACAACCCUCAAAUCCACCCUCCCCCUCCCCCUCCCCAUCCCCCAAUCCUGGCUCCAAUCCCCAUCCCGCCAAACAAUAACACUAACCACCCUAACAACCCUCCUCCUCCCCCUCCUCUACAAAAACUACAAAACCUACCUAUCCUACGGGCCCGGCGGCGCCCCAUACAACCUUCUAGGCUGGUUCGGGGUGACAUUCCUCCUCUACCCAUUCGGACGCAACAUGACCAGCACGACAAUCUACGAGAAGAAGAUCGCGAACGGCGAGACGCAAUCAUACCUCUCCGAAGACACGGUAGAUUUGCUCAACGCUUUGAAGAGGGAGAAGAGACCCGCUGUCGGACCGCAUUAUGUGCCGCAGCGCCAGGUGGAGGAGUUUGCGGGGGAGGAGGUGAAGAUGUACCUCGACUCGCAAUUCUACGCCCUCGCAGAGCAGAACCCGCAAUUAAUCAAAGUUGCCGAUUCGCGAUUGGAGCUGCAUGCGGGUGCGAUAUUCCUUGCGACGGAGGAGUUGGCUAAUAGGAAUGAGACGACGAGGAAAUUGAAUGGCGAGUGUGUGCAUGUCCAUCGCUUGAAGGAUUAUUCGUUGCAUAUGGUUUUGGCCCCUGCCGAUUGUAAGAAAGUUUUCGAUGCUGGCUGGGGUCAGAGACAUGGGUUCAGUGGUGUGGAGAUUCCCAGGGCUUUGAUGGGCGGUAAAUUGAUCCAAUUGCCAUCUGAGUAUGUGUUGAUCUAUGCGCCGAGGACGAAGGAGGAGGUUACUUUGGUGCUGAGUCUUAUGAAGGCCAGUCUGAGGUAUUUGACUGGCGAGGAGGUGAAGUGA